CGAGUAGCAGCAGCCGCCAGCUCACCCUCCCAAAAUAGCCAAAGUCUUCAACUGGGGAAGUGGGAUCUGAUAAAAAUCAGCUGUCACCGAGGCCACAGGACUAAAAAGAGUUCAGUCACAGUGAACCGAGGAGCUGAGAGGAGCACUGACAGAAGAGACACAUCACAGGGGCCAUAAGAGUCAGUUAUCCAGCACAGUGGAGAUACACAGGGAAGUGACAGAGAACGACGCUGGAUGGUAUUUUAAUGACAAAUAUAGUCCAUCACUGACUAAGGGGGGCACGCCAACAAGACAAAGCAGAGACAGGAUAUCUAUUUCCUCCUCAGUGAGAGACAGAUCAGCUCUCUAUCUGACAAGAGCAGCAGCUAUCGACUCCACAGGAGGCUCAACACAGCCAGAAUUUGCCAGUACUCCUGGAUCAAGAGUGAAAAACAGUAAGAUGGCUGAAGCAGCCAGGAAAAUCACAGUUUCACAAUCAUCUCAUGAUGAAGACGACCUGUCUCUCCCCCCACCUCCUCCUGUACCACCUAGACCCCUCGACUAUGAAGGGCCUUCAGCAUUAAGUAGCCUCCCCCUGCCUCCAUCGAAAGAAACCUUUUCCACGCUGUACCAGCAACGGCAGAAGAGUGAGCUAAAGAGGCUCUUUAAACACAUCCACCCAGACCUAAGGGCAAGUCUCGAUGACGCCGUGGACGAUGAGAUAUUUAAGGCAGUACAGUCAGAAAACUCUCAGGCAGCGGACGCAGCUUAUCAGUGUGAAGUGCAGUCUAUGAGGUGGAUCUUUGAGAAUUGGACUCUGGACAAUAUUGGGGAUCCUCAUGCAACCAAGAAGCUGCUGGAUGAUGAGGAGUUAAAAGGUGGAAACGUCAGAGGCACCUCCUCAAUGUUUGAGCACUUUGACAGCGCCCAACAAAUGUCUGCUAAAAGACAGACUUCUGUCAAAGGGGAUGUGAGAACAUCAACAUGGCUGUUUGAGUCCCAGCCCUUAGAUUCUCUAAAUAAAUCAAAGAGAGAAGAGGGUGAAUUGGUCGAAGCAGUGCUGAAAGAACCCAUCCAGCCAGGAAAUGUGACAGGGGCUCGGCUGCUUUUUGAGUCUAAACCAUUGAGUGACUUGGGACGCUGCAACUCCAUAGAAGGACAUAGCUUCCUCAAACUGAGAUCUGAGCUUCAAGAGCAGAAAGGAGAUGUUCAGAAGACUGUAAAACUAUUUCAGACACAACCUUGCUGUGCUAUCAGUGACAACAGUGGCAAUAUACAUGAGAUUAAAUCCAUCUGCAGGGAGGAGAUCAACAGCAGCAACAUCAGUACUGCCCGUUGGCUUUUUGAAACCCAGCCUUUGGACCUGAAUAAUAAGGGAACUGAUGGUGUGAAAAUAAUUCGGGGUAUAUCUCUGGAAGAGGGGCACAGAGGAGGAGUUGACCAGAAGAGGUGGAUGUUUGAAACUCAGUCAUUUGAAACAAUACAAGAGGUCGUGGGUGUGGACAAGUUUGAAGGAACGGUGGUUGAAUGUGCAGAAGAGGCCGAUGUCGUGAACAAGAGGAAGCUCUUUGAGAUGCAGCCCUUGGCAACACUAAAAGGAGACUCUGCAGAAAAGCCUUUGGAAAAGGAAGACAUUAUUGCAGGAGAUGUCAAGACUUCUCUGUGGCUGUUUGAAACCCAACCCAUGGAGACCCUUAGUGAUAGCUAUGAAGUUGGGCGUUUGAAGAAAGUUACCCUUUCAGCUGACGAACAAGGAGAAGUAAAAGGCAAAAAACAAAUAUUUGAGAGCUGCAGUAUUCAAAAGAACACCUCAUUCAAGGAACAAGCGAUUGAAAAGGGCGAUGUUAAGGGAUUCAAACAUCUUUUUGAAACAAUUCCUCUGAGCAAAAUUGCUCAUUCUGAUGAAGAGAUUAUUGAGGAGGAAAAAUCUAUUGCAGCAGGAAAUGUAAAAGGUAACAAAGCAAUGUUUGAGACAACUCCUUUAUAUGCAAUAAAGGACAGCUCUGGAAACCUCCAUACGGUUACAACUGUCAGCCGAGAAGAAUUCAUCAAGGGGAAGGUCCAAAACUAUAAGUGGAUGUUUGAGACCAAGCCUUUAGACAAACUUGCAGAGGGAAAAGAAAAUGUUGAGGUAAUCAAAGGCAUUACCAGACAGGAGGAUACGAUGGGCGAUGUCAAGAUGGCAAAAUGGCUUUUUGAAACCCAGACAAUAGAUGGGAUACAUUCCAAGUUCAACCAAACAGAGCAAGAUGCUUCUGUUGAAGAGGAGCAUUGUAAAGGUGAUGUCAAGAACUGUAAAUGGUUAUUUGAGACACAACCAAUGGACAUUUUGUAUGACAAAUCAGAAAAAGUAAAUGAUAAAGAAGCCAUUGACAAUACCAAUGUCAAGUCCAUUACUUGGCUUUUUGAAUCGCAGCCUCUAGACAGCAUCAAAGAUGGCGAAGAGUACAAUUUGAAGCUUUGCAACACCAUUCAGGAUUCUGUCAAAUCGGAGGUUGGUGUUCAAACAGUCAGACAUGUUUUUGAAACAGAAACCUUGGAUAGAAUAAGAAAGGAGGCAAAUUCUGAACACGAUGUGAGAUGUGUCAGCCAGGUCAACUUUCAGUCUGGAGAUGUCUCACGAGUCAAAGAACUUUUUGAAUCCCAGUCCCUUGAUGCAAUAGGAUCAGAAAUGGUGCCAUCUGAUGAACAGAACCAAGACAAACACCUCGAAAAAGGUUCCGUACACAAAUUUACUUGGAUGUUUGAAAACUGUCCCAUGAACCAGAUCAAUAAGGACAAUGAGGAUGCAAACAUUCAAAGAGUCAGUGGUGCAGAGAGUGGUGAUGUACACAACAAAAAGUUUAUAUUUGAAACCUCCACACUGGACAAAAUCCACAACCAACCCCUUGAACAAAGGUCAGACUCUGUGGAACAGCCUGUGAGCAAUGUUGACGUCAAGUCGAGCACCAUGAUGUUUGAGUCCCUGCCGCUGUACGCCAUCAGAGACAAAGAGGGCCAGUUUCAUGAAGUUACAACUGUGAAAAAAGAGGAAGUAAUGACUGGCGAUGUAAGAGGAGCAAGGUGGAUGUUUGAGACAAAACCCCUUGACGCCAUCAAGGCAGAGAAUGAAGUUUACGUGAUCCGAGCUGUUACCCAAGAAGAUGUCAAGAAAGGAGAUGUCAAAUCAGCCAGAUGGAAGUUUGAGACACAACCUUUGGACUCCCUUACCAGCCGAGAUGAGACCUCUGUCAGGAUCCUUGAAGACUUGGGAAGCACUAAUGUGCAACUCAAUAAACAGAUAUUUGAAUCUGAUCAAUCAUCCCAGAAGUUCAUGCGAAUGGUUAGUGUCACUGAUGUCCAGCAUGGUGAUGUCAGGACCUCUACCUGGCUCUUUGAGAAUCAAACUAUUGACAGUCUGAAAGGGGAACCUCAGGAACAAGGUCUUGUAAAAACGGUCCAUAGAGAAGACAGCCAGAAAGGAGAUGUGAAACGCUGCACUUGGCUUUUUGAAUCACAGCCCCUGGACAAGAUCAAGGAGCCUGAGGAUACCUCAGUGCAAGGUGCUGAGGAGGAAAUACCUAAAUCUGAUGUGAAGUGCACUACCUGGCUCUUUGAAACCACUCCGCUGGACAAAAUUGCUGCCAACAGUGUAGCUGACACCCUGUCCUAUCUUUACCAUAUGACUUUUGUUCACUCAAGCGGCAUCAUAAUAGAAGCAAAUGAGAAUAGAAAUGUUAACAUGGCAAAAUAUCUGCUUGAAAGCAAUAGUGUGCAAAUCCAGAAUGAAGAGGUUGUUGGGGGAAACAUCAGGAACAUCAUGAUACAACUCUUACUCAAACCAACCCUAAAGCCCCAAGUUAGUCUACUUAGAGAAGUGGAGAAGGGUAACGUGAAUACCACAGUAGUAGAACUUCCAGUCUACCAGACAGCCACAACUGUCAACCUCGAGAGGGAUCAAAGAAUGCAAAACAUUGCCCAGAUGAUCAAUGAAUUGCUUGUCCAAGAUAAUGAUUUGAAAAAAGGAAUCAUAAUGCAAGAGACUGCAGGGGGGCAAGCAGAGAUGUCAGUUUAUUCACUCAUCUGCAAUUCUGAAACCAAAACCGAGAGUCACGUUAUAGAGAAGGGAGACAUAAAGUCUACGAUUGGAAAUCUGUUAGCUACUGCCAAUAGUCAGAGGACUGCAGCGUCAUGUAGAGUGGAUGAAAAUGAAAAGGGAAAUGUGAAUCUCUACAAAAGUUGCAUUGAGAAAGGAGAUCUGCACUAUCUAAAAAGUCUUCAUACUGAGGCAACAGGAGAUGAAGUUGAUCACCGCCUUCUGGCUGAGGAGCACAUUGAAAUAGUUCAGGGCGAUGUGAAGGAAGCAAAGAGAAGUCUCUGUCAGCAAAAAGAGCAGGUAGAGCGAACCAUUUCUGAUGUUUUACCAGGGGAUGUAAAGAACACCAAAAAAGUUUUUUCGUCUGAGUACUCUCUUGGUGUUGAAAACUGCGCUCCAAAGGAAGAAAUAAUCCCUGGGGAUAUCUUAUCAGCAAAGCAACAACUUGCAGUAAAGCAACCUGUCAUGGUGGAAAAAGAGGAAAUAGUGGCAGGGGACAUCAAGGCAACACUACAGUCAUUAGAACGCGCAAAGCAACAGAGCAUGUGUGUGGAGCGGGAGAUCAUUACACCUGGAACUAUCUAUGACAUGAACUUGUCAGGUCCUGAAAUAGAAGGAAGCCAAGCACAAAAAGAGGUCAUUAUAUCCGGAGAUGUGAAAGCGGCUAAAAAGUCCCUUGAAAUGGCUAAGCAGCAAAGCCUGCAAGUGGAGCGUGAAGUCAUUGUCCCUGGAAAAAUAUACAACCUGAAUGUCACAGCACAAGAGGAAAGCUCCUCCACAGUGAUGCAAUCUACAUGUUCGUCUUCCUCCAGAUGCCAGCAAAUCAAGACUUAUCCAAAGGUCAGUGAUGCAGAUAAAGAUAAGGAAAGCCAUGUUUUCUUUGAGGCUUGUCAACAAAGUGCAGUUAUAACAACUGAAGAUGAGACAGAAGAAGUUACCAGAGGAGAUGUGAGGGCAGCUAUUAAGUCUCUGCAGAGUUCAUCAACAGAGCAGAAGCUCCUAGAUAAAGAAGAUAUUGUAAGAGGUAAUGUCCAAUUGGCUUUGCAGUCUCUUGAGAAGUCUAGCGUGAAUGUAUCCAAAGGAGACUAUAAAGCUGCAAUGAUAUACAGGAAUUCAGGGAAGGCUUGUUCAGGGAGGAGCAAGACUGUUCACAAGCAGUGUGUUGUGGUGUCUAUGCCUCCAUCUGACACAAAAUUGUCUCCUUCAAUUUCAGUAACGUGUGAAGGACAACCAUCCAUUACAACACCCAACCCUGUAGCAAAUGGAAACUCUAAAUCAUCCAGCUCUGUGAGUGUAACUCCACCUCCACUUCCCCAAAAGACAAGCGAGAAACCAAAGGAGCAGAAGCCAGCUUUGCCGCCAAAGCCAAAAUGGACGAAAUCAGUAGUUGUAAAAAAACAGAAUAUUUUAGCUGCACCUGAAGUCGCUUGCACCAUUAAAGACAACAUAAAAAGCACAGUGAUUCCCCCCAAACAAAGCCAACCGUUUCCUAGGCCCUCUCCAGGUAAACAACAAGAGACCACAACACAUGACAUAAUCAUUAAAGAGACCUUACAUGAAACAUCCCACCAAAACUGUACUGAAACAUCCCAAGACUCAAAUCAAACAAGUGAACGUCUACCAUCGCACUUAAAGGCUCAGGAAACUAAGGAGAAAAAGAAAACACUUACAGAGAGCAAAUCGAACUGCCCAGUAAUGAUGUUGAACAGCACUGACGUUGAAAUGGAGAGAAAUGUAAUACAGAAAAUCAAUGCAGCUGAGGAGAUACAAAUGUGCAUGCAGAAUUAUGCAGAAGAUGGUAAACAUGAAAUGAGCCUGAGCUUGCAGGCUGCUCUACAGAACUUUGAAAGAAAGGAAAGUGAGGGUUGUCCUUUGUUGUCUAAGAAGGUAAAAGUGAUAAAUGAUAAUGGUAGUGACCAUAAACAAACCAAGAAAACUACUGCUCAACAACACAAAUCACCUCCCAAGGAAGAAGACAACACUAAUGACGCACAGCAAACAUCAAAGACCAAGAGAUGCCAUGUACAGCAAAAUGACCUCAAUGAAAAGCAACCCAAACUCCAGGAUAAAGUUGUUUUAAGAGAGAAGAAAGUAAAGGAGACAGAUGAUGAAAGACGACAGAGGCUUUCUGUCCACAAGGAGGAGAUCAUGAAGGGAAAUGUGAAAGCGGCCAUGGAAAUUUUUGAAAAUUUGAAGAAACGAGAGGAACUUAAAGGAAUCCUUUCUCAAGUGCAAGAGAUAGAGGGAGAGACCAGCAGUGCAGACGUUAGCUCCUUUAAGACGUUAUACGAGACUGUCCCUGCUUGGAUGGGUACACCAAGUGGAAAUGCAAAGCAAAGUAAAACAGAGGAAAAGAAAGUUGAGGUAGAGACACAGGACGAUGAUCUAGAAAGCGUUUCCUCAGUUGAGACUGCAUUUGAAGAUCUGGAAAAGGCAAGCAAGGAAAUAAUGAAUCUGAAGGAACAAACAUUGGCAAAACUUCUUGACAUCGAAGAGGCAAUUAAAAAGGCUCUGUACUCCGUCUCCAAUCUGAAAUCUGAGGCUGACAUUGCAGGGUUGUCAGGACUAUUUGAUGAAUCUUUGAAAUCUGAGCAAAACCUUCAACCCACCAACAACAUCAGGAAAAUAAGUAUUGUGUCCAGCAAGGCCAAGUCAGGUCAAAUCAAAGAGGUGUCUGGUGUGAAUAUGCAAACAGUUUUAGAUUCAAGUCCUUCUAAACAGGAAGUGCGCAGACAAGUCUCCAACAAGCCACUCAUCAGACAGUCCUCUUCCCAGUCUUCCCCGUCAUUCAUCUCCAUUCACUCAGCUGCUAGAAAGCCUGCCGAACAACCAAAGUCACCCAUGUCAACAUUUAAACCAAAAACGGAGGGGAAUUCUCAAAGUUGCCAUGAUGCAAAAAGUGAUUCGGGACAGGAGUCUGCUGCUGCUGAACCCUCAAAGAAUGGUCUCAGUCCUGCACAACGCAAGGUCAGCGUGCUCGAAGUGAAAACUGUUCCAGAGCAACCAGCAGGAAUAGUUGGCACAAAGACUGUUAGUGAAACAUACGAAGAGACCGAUGGCUUUGGCAAUGUAUUUGUUUCUUCUGUGACUUCAACAGUUGUCACCAAACAGUCUGACAGUAAAUCAUCAGCACUGUUUGAAGUUGUCGGGAGUCCAGCCAGAUACGAAGUCAUGACAUCCCCAUUAAUUCGAAGAUCUGGUCGCACUUUUGAAGAUAAAGUGUUGAGCAACACCAACAAGGAAGGGACGGUGUUUGUAACAUUUAGCCAACCAAAUGAAAAGCACUAAACAAGACAAGCAGUGCGUUUCCCCACUUCUUUAAUAUUAGGAAAGCAGUUAUUCCAUUUGUGUAUUUAUAACAUGUUUUUAUGAAAAGGUUUUGUUAGUCGUAAAAUUGAUCUUAUGAAAUCAUGAAAAUGUUGAUUUUAUACUGUAACCACAUAACCACAUGUGUUCUUGUAUUAAAGCUAAGCAUACAGGUGAUACUGUAUGAUUUGUUGUGUAAAUUGUCAAAUAAAUAAAAGAUGUGAUUGUCA